AUGAGCCUUGACAAGGGCUACGUGUCCCCGUACCUCGUCCUGGACGCCGCCAACCCGGCGGCGAAGCAGUGGGAGGCCAGCGGCGCGCUGGUCUUGGUCACGGAUCAGAAGUUGUCCUUCGCGCAGAAGGAGCUCAUCCCCAUCCUCACGCUCGCGAAGCAAACCGCCAAGCCCCUGCUGAUCAUCGCGGACACGAUCGAGAAGGAGGUGCUAGCGACUCUCAUCCUCAACAAGCUCAGGGGCAUCGUGGACUGCUGCGCCAUCCAGGCCCCAGGUUUCGGGGACAACCGCAAGGCGAUUCUGCAGCUCGGGCUCAGCCUGGAGAGCGUGCAGCUCGAGGACUUCGGCCAGGCCAGGCGCGCCACGGUCAAGAAGGACUCCACCACGAUCGUGGCCGACGCGCCCAAGGAGGCGCUGGAGGAGCGCUGCCAGCAGAUCAGGGCACAGAUCGAGGAGACGAAGAGCUCGUACACGAGGGAGCAGCUCGAGAAGCGCCUGGCGAAGCUCGUCGGCGGCGUGGCCAUCGUCAGGGUCGGCGCCACCACGGAGACGGAGCUCAAGGACAAGAAGCUGCGCCUGGAGGACGCCAUCAACGCCACCAGAGCGGCGGUGGACGAGGGGGUGCCCAGGGGGGAGAGCUCCCGCCAUGCUUCGCCAUCCGGCCGCCCCUCCAGUCCCCCAUGCGCGCCCGUCCCGGUCUGGGGGGGUAUCCGCCCCCUUCCCCCCCCGUCGCCGCCUCUCAUCUCGCCUUUUCCCUCCCCCUCCCCCUCCCCCUCCUCCUCCUCCUCCUCCUCCUCCUCCUCCUCCUCCUCCUCCUCCUCCUCCUCCCACCGGCUCCCUCCGCGCGCCUGGAGAGCAGCCAGACGCUCGGCUGCCGAGGCGGCGCCGAGGGCGGCCGCGCCGCGGCCGCCCGCGCCUCGCAGGUGGAGGAGGAGAAGGAGGAGAGAGAGAGCCCCCCUUGAACGAAGGAUUGCAAAAAAAACCAAGGACUGCAACAAAAACCGAAGGAUUGCAAAAAAAAACCGAAGGAUUGCAAAAAAAACCUAG